CAGAAAUAAUAACAGUAGAUCGGUCGCGUUUCAGCAGCAACCGCGCGCGUCUCCAAGCGCAGUCAAAUGGCGCCUCUCCAAACAGCCCGAGCGACCAGUCCGACCAGCUGAUGUUAAUUAGAGCAUAAACCGCUUCUGUAACAUAAUCACCUCUUAAUGUGAUGUGAUUCUGUGCGCUAUGAUAUCACGAUUUAUCUGCUGCAAAUGCGGACGUACAGGAGGACAUUGCGCUCAGUUGUACGUGGAGCUGAUGUUAUUCCAGUAACGGAUUGACUGUUACAUACAUUCAUCCUAAGCGUCCCAGAUCUGCAUACCAUGAGCAGCUCUCGCUACGAACCCAGUUGGGACGUGGACCUGGCACCUCUCCUGUCCUGUAAACUGUGCCUGGGAGAGUUUCCGCUGGAACAGAUGACCACCAUCUCCCAGUGCCAGUGCAUAUUUUGCAGUCUGUGUUUGAAGCAAUAUGUUGAACUGCUCAUUAAAGAGGGCCUCGAAACGGCUAUUAGCUGUCCAGAUUCUACCUGCCCAAAACAAGGACAUUUGCUGGAGAAUGAGAUUGAGUGUAUGGUGGCUGGUGAGGUCAUGCAACAUUAUAAGAGACUCCAGUUUGAGCGAGAGGUGCUUCUGGAUCCCUGUCGAACCUGGUGCCCAUCAUCCUCAUGCCAAGCAGUGUGCCAGCUGAAUGAAGCAGAGGUGCAGCUGCCGCAGCCUGUGCAGUGCCCUGAGUGCAGUCUGCGCUUUUGCUCUGCCUGCAGGGCUGACUGUCACACUGGCCAGGCCUGUCAGGAGAUGCUGCCAAUUACCACUUUCCUGCCUGGGGAAAACGGCAGCUCCAACCUCAAGAGUCAGGAGGACGAGGCUCCGAUCAAACGCUGUCCUAAAUGUAAAGUGUACAUUGAGAGGGAUGAAGGCUGUGCUCAGAUGAUGUGCAAGAACUGCAAGCAUGCCUUCUGCUGGUACUGCCUGGAGUCACUGGACGAUGACUUUUUACUGAUCCACUAUGAUAAAGGACCAUGUCGAAACAAAUUGGGUCAUUCCAGAGCCUCCGUCAUCUGGCAUCGGACACAGGUUGUGGGGAUCUUUGCUGGCUUUGGUCUGCUGUUGUUAGUGGCCUCCCCUUUCCUCUUGCUGGCCACUCCGUUCGUGCUCUGCUGCAAAUGCAAGUGUAAACGAGGAGACGACGACCCCCUUCCUACCUAGAGCUCCAUCCCAGCUUCAGGAGGUGACGCUCAGCUUGUCUGAAAGUGGAUCAGCUGUGAUCCCGUCGCACCUGCUUCUCCUGAGCACACUUUAUACAGGGGCACUGGUGAAAAACACGGCUCAUCUGCUCGGGAGACUGUACUUCUGAAAGUUUUGACUGGCAUUGAAAGGUGUUUUGGAGGAGCGGAGGAGCUGAUUGGACGAGCCACUGGAGUUAAUCAGACAAACAAACACUACAGUUACUUUAUGACACUGUACAACUGUCUUUUUGUUACAAACUGUCUUGUAUCUUUUCCGUUCUUUAGUGUUUCUUCACUUCAUGUGUUAAGCUAUUUUCAAUGUUGUUUAUUCUGGGUUAAAACAAAAGACAUUCUACUGACUACAGUACAUGUAUGAGAGGAAUACAUUUAUUAGCAGUGCUUUUACACUUUUCUUGUAGCAUAUUCACAUAACCUCAAUAUUUCAGCCAUUUCCUUCAUCUAAUUGCAUAUGCAUGCUGGAGGCUGAGGUUGUUUGGCUUUCUGCACCUCAGUCUGCCACUAGCUUUUAUAUGCUUCCUAUAUGCUCCUACUUAGGACCGUUCUUCCAUUUAAAUCUACCCAAUUACCAGACGUAGCAGGCGUGUCACCUGAUGCCUUCUCAAAGCUUGUAGGCUUCGGUGUUGCUGAAAGAAUUCUUAUUAUUACCAUGGAAAACAACCGGUCUCAUAGCAAUCAGUUUAACACUAAGCUAUCACAAAUGGAUCAUUAUUGUAUGCUAAUGUUGUAAGCACAACGUGAAAGGUGUCAUUUAAAGAAUAAUUUUGUUGAUGUAACGCAUAUGUUGGCUUUUGUUUGUAUUUCCAACCAAUGAGGGUCUUAUUCGCAACCUGUUGAAGAUCAAGAUCCAACCUGCAUUACCAUGUGCCUGCCAAUUUAGGUCAGAGUAAUCAGGCCAGCGAGGCUUAACUUCUUACUUUUCAGGUCACUCAUGGAGUUGUAUUUAUUUAAUUAAUUUAUUUUGGGGGAGGAGUAAUACUUUAGGGAAAAUUUUGCCAAAUGUGACUAUUAAGCCCAUGCGUCUAGCAUAUUAAGAGUUGGUUGAGGACUAGGGAACACCUAGUUUUUGUUCUUGUUUCUUCAGCUAAAUAUGCCUUUCGUUUUCAUUUAUGUUUUUGUAACUUUUUUUAAGUGUUGAAACUUUUUGUAGCUAACUGUAUGUGAUGUGUAUCCACAUUUUUCACGUUUAAAUAUAUUAUUAUGUUGCAAUGUG